UCCACCUCUUAAAAACUCCCAGCUCCCGCACACAACCCUCAGGGGGAACUCUUCUGCCAAGGGGACAGUGCUAAAAAAGCACAAAUAAAGGAGACAAUGGCAAAAAAGGUUGCGGUGAUUGGAGCAGGGGUCAGUGGCCUGAUCUCUCUGAAGUGCUGCGUGGACGAGGGUCUGGAGCCCACCUGCUUCGAAAGGACUGAAGAUAUCGGAGGACUGUGGAGAUUCAAAGAAAACGUGGAAGAUGGCCGUGCUAGCAUCUACCGCUCUGUCAUUACCAACACUAGCAAGGAAAUGUCCUGUUUCAGUGACUUCCCGAUGCCGGAGGACUUCCCCAACUUCCUGCACAACUCUAAACUCCUGGAAUAUUUCAGGAUUUUUGCUAAGAAAUUUGAUCUCCUGAAAUAUAUUCAGUUUCAGACAACCGUCAUUAGUGUGAAAAAACGCCCGGAUUUCACAUCUUCUGGGCAAUGGGAAGUUUACACUCAGAGCGACGGCAAGGAGCAACGCGCUGUCUUUGACGCUGUUAUGGUGUGCAGCGGCCAUCACAUCCAGCCUCACCUGCCACUCAAGUCAUUCCCAGGUAUUGAGAGGUUCCGAGGCCAGUAUUUCCAUAGCCGCCAAUACAAGCACCCAGUGGGGUUUGAGGGGAAACGCAUCCUGGUGGUUGGAAUAGGAAACUCAGCCGCAGAUAUUGCCUCUGAACUGAGUAAGACGGCCGCGCAGGUGUUUAUCAGCACCAGACAUGGAUCCUGGGUCAUGAGCCGAAUCUCUGAAGAUGGCUACCCUUGGGACAUGGUGUUCCACACUAGAUUUAGCUCCAUGCUCCGUAACGUCCUGCCCCGCACAGUCGUCAAGUGGAUGAUGGAACAGCAGAUGAAUCGAUGGUUCAACCAUGAAAAUUAUGGUCUGGUGCCUCAGAACAAAUACCUUAUGAAAGAACCCGUAUUAAACGAUGAUCUGCCCAGCCGCCUGCUUUACGGAGCCAUCAAAGUAAAAACCCGGGUGAAGGAGCUCACAGAGACAGCUGUGGUCUUCGAGGAUGGCACAGUGGAGGAACACGUGGAUAUCAUUGUCUUUGCCACGGGGUAUACGUUCUCUUUUCCUUUCCUGGAAGACUCACUUGUUAAAGUGGAGGAUAAUAGAGUCUCUCUGUACAAAGCCAUGUUCCCCCCUCAUCUGGAGAAGCCGACCCUUGCGUGCAUAGGUCUCAUCCAGCCUCUGGGCUCCAUCUUCCCUACCGUAGAGCUUCAGGCGCGCUGGGCAACAAGAGUUUUCAAAGGCUUGUGUAGCUUACCUUCGGAGACAAGUAUGAUGGCAGACAUUGUUGAAAGAAAUGAAAAAAGAAUUGACCUGUUUGGAAAAAGCCAGAGUCAGAUACUGCAGACCAAUUACGUUGACUACCUGGAUGAACUCGCCUUGGAGAUAGGUGCAAAGCCAGAUUUCGUCUCUCUUCUUUUCAAAGACCCUAAGCUGGCUGUGAAACUCUACUUCGGACCCUGUAAUUCCUACCAGUACCGCCUGGUUGGACCUGGGCAGUGGGAAGGAGCCAGGAGUGCCAUCCUCACCCAGAAGCAGAGGAUCCUGAAACCCUUAAAGACCCGUACUCUCCAGUCCUCAGCGAGUGCCCCAGUGUCUCUCCUGCUCAAGGUCCUGGGGCUGUUCACUGUUGUUCUGGCCUUGUUUUUCCAACUUCAGGGGUUCUAAUCAGUCACAUGACACUUUUCUCCAUCACUGCUUCUUUGAAAGGGAAACUGAAGAAAUUCCAUCCUCAUCAUCAUUUUACUUUAGGGGAACAAGUAGGGGGACUAAUUGUAGGGAGAUCAGAAAACUUAGGUCUAGAUAUAAAACUAAAGUAAGGUCACGGGGUGUUCUUAUCAUUCUGUUUCCUCAAAAUCAUCAGUCUCCACAUGGUAUUCUAUAAUAUCACCAGGUAGACAGUACUAUCAGCCAUGGCAGGCUUUGAGUUACAUGAUUUUAAAAAAUCAAUAAAAUUAUGCAGAAUAAAAAGUAAGUCAUAGUUGAGCAUGUUAGCACAUGCCUUUAAUCUUAGCACUUGAGAGGCAGAUGGAUCUCCAUGAGUUCGAGGUCAGCCUGG